AUGCGGUGGCCAGAUGGUGCCGCGCAGGAGGUGGAGAAGUGGGUCGCGGCGCUCGCGCGGUGGGUGGGGGCUCUACCGGACGCGCGCGGUGCAGAGGUUGAGGGGCUCCUGGCGCCGGGCGGUCGGGUCGGGGGCCUCCCGGCGGCGCCCGCUGCGGAUGGGGGUCCCCGGCAGCACGAGGUAGCCGGCGGAGGGGGGAGUAUAAAAGAAAGGACUUCGUCUCCGCGGCGAUCAAUCCCGCGGAGACGAAGCGUUGAGCGCCGCCAGAGCUGCCCAACCGCCGCGCGCCCACGCUGCCGCCGCGCCGCCGCCGCGCCAUCGCCGCCGCUCUCCGCUCGCGCCUCGCCUCCGCCGCGCCCGCCUCUGGCCGCCGCGCCUAUCGCCGCCGCCCUCCCGCCGCGCCCGCCUCCGCCUCCGCCGCGCACGUCGGCCGCCGCUCCGCCACUCCUCCUCGCCGUCCGCCGCCACCGCGCCCGCCUCCGCCGCGCCCGCCUCCGCCGUGCCCGCCUCCGCCUCUCUCGCUCGUCCGCCGCCAUCGCCGCCGCCGACCCCGCCGCCGCCACGCUCCUCUCCCUCCGCCGGUAA